AGUGCCAAAAGAAACAUUUGACUUUGACAUACACUUUAAAUUUAAUUUUUAUUUUCAUGAAGAUACAUUACAAAAUAGUAAAUACAAAUCCUUUUUUAUAAUUAUUUUUAAUGUUAAAAAUGUUUUGACUUUUGACCUUAAAACCUGCCUCCCAAGUCCUAACUGUUACAUUUAAUUUAAGUAUAGCAUACCUAUUCACUGAAAUCGGUUUUGUAUUUUUUUUAUAAUUUCUUUGAAAUGUUGCAUACCUUUACAAAAACGACAAAGAUCAGUAGGUAUUAAGGAAAUACUUAGGUAUGCUGAUUGAAAAAAAUAUAGUUGCAGGCCCUUAACAGGUUGAUUAUCACUAUUAUAUACUAUAUUGUACUAGAUAGAAAAUGGUCGAGGAUACUAGUUUGAAUUCCAAUAAAGUGAAGACUAAAACUGCAAGACCUAAGGAAGUUUACCUUUGGACAGAAGCAGAUGUUCAAAAAUGGCUGAGAAGGCAUUGCAGUGAUUAUUAUAAUUUAUACUGGGAGAGAUUUCAUGAGCAUGACAUUACAGGUAGAGCAUUGGUCAGAUUAAAUGACAACACACUACUCCGAAUGGGUAUAACUAAUAAAGAUCACAGAGAAGCAAUUUGGCGGGAGAUUCUCAAGUUGCGGCUGAAGACUGACAUUGUGGAAAUUAGAGACUUGGAGAGGAGACAGAAUUAUUUUAACUAUAAUUAAUGAUUUAUUUAUACAUAUAAAUAUAAUUUACUAUCUUUAUCUGUGAUUUAAAAUAAAUAUAAAAUUAUAAUUAUGAAA